UCUCCCGUGAUGCACCGCGCAUCGCCUCGCUUCCGGUCCUGCGCUCUGUCUGGAGCGGAUUGGAACCCGGAGUCAGGAUUCGCUAAAUGAAGUGUCUUUUGCAGGAAAGCUUGACAGAAUGGCAGCUGAGCCUCCAGAGGAGUUCAUCUGGUGUGAGGACUGUGGACAGUACCACGACUCGGAGUGCCCAGAACUUGGACCUCUGGUGACCGUCCAGGACUCUUUCGUCCUCAGCCGGGCCCGUUCCUCGCUUCCAAACAGUCUGGAAAUCAGGCCAGUAGCAGAUCAUGGUGAGGGUGUCUUCGUCCAACGACAGCUGGUCAAAAGGACACGAUUUGGCCCGUUUGAGGCUAAAAGGGUGCCCGUUUUGGAAAAAGAAGUUGGCUUUCCUUUGAAGAUCUUCCAGCAUGACAGCGUGGUGUGUUUUGACACCAGUAGUGAAGAAGACUGUAACUGGAUGAUGCUGGUCCGACCUGCCACAGAUCACCAACACCAAAAUCUGACAGCCUACCAGCAGAAUGAUGAGGUGUUCUUCAACACAAUUCAGGAUGUGCUCCCAGGAACAGAGCUGAGGGUCUGGUAUGGAGCUUUCUAUGCUAAAAAGAUGGAGAAGCCCAUUCUCAGGUGUCCCACUCAGCUCCUACCACCUACAGAAACUGAGGAAACUGUUGCUGUUACGCCCCCUGUGGUCAAAGAAAACAAUGCAGGUCACAUGACCGGUGCUGUCGAUGAAGUGCUGGCCUCAACAGAGGUUCCAGGAGACUUUCAAACAUCACAAAAGGACGAUGUGGUCGGAGAGGACGACGACGCUCCCGCUGCUCAGCCGCUUGCAAGAAAAGGGUCCGCACGUGGGAGAAAAACAAGGGGCCGCAAACCUCGAGCUGUGGUUGCUGUGAGCAGGAGUAAAGAUGUGAAGCAAGCUAUUGAGAGCACACAGUCUCUUGCUUUAGAGAUAGCAGCUCCCUCAAAGGGAAGCGGCCCGCCCUUGGUUUCGGACGUCGGGGCCGUGCAAAAGAGAGUGCCAGGCCGAGAGCACAAGAAGGUGUACCGCUGCUCCCUCUGCAGCAAGGUCUUCCAGAACAGCAGCAACCUCAACAGACACAUCCGAUCACAUGGUGACAAACUCUUCAAGUGUGAUGAAUGUGACAAACUGUUUAGCCGCAAGGAGAGUUUGAAGCAGCACAUCUCCUACAAGCACAGCAAGAACGGGCCUGACUUGGAAUACAAAUAUAAAUGCAACACAUGCGACAAAUCCUUCCGCCUGGAAAAUGCCUUGAAAUUCCACAACUGCAGGACAGACGACAAGACGUUCCAGUGCGACAUCUGCUCCCGUUUCUUCUCCACCAACAGCAACCUCUCUAAGCACAAGAAGAAGCACGGCGAAAAGCUCUACUCCUGUGAGAUCUGCAACAAGAUGUUCUACCGCAAAGACGUCAUGCAGGAGCACCACAGACGACACCGCUUUGGAUCAAAGCACAUGAAGAAAGAGGAGUUGGAGGCCAAUGGAGAAGAAGCAAGCAAGUACCGCAAAGAACCUUCACCGUGUCCAAUCUGUGGCAAGGUGUUCUCCUGCCGAAGUAACAUGAACAAACACCUGCUGACUCACGGCGAUAAGAAGUACACCUGCGAGAUAUGUGGCCGCAAGUUCUUCCGCGUGGACGUGCUUCGAGAUCACAUUCAUGUUCACUUCAAGGAUAUAGCCCUAAUGGAUGAGCAGAAGAGGGAGGACUUCAUCAAGAGGAUCGGCAUUUCAGUUUGUGACAGUGACGAAAAAGAGGACGAAGACGAGGAAGACGACCCCGAGCGCCAUAAGUACAACUGCAAGAAAUGUCAGAUGUCGUUUGCGAAAGGCAGAGAAUACCUGAAGCACAUCAUGGAGCAGCACAAAGAGCGAGGCUACGGCUGCGGGAUUUGUGAGCGUCGUUUCGCACUGAAAGCCACAUACAACGCCCACCUGGUCAUCCAUAGGGAGCAGCUACCUGACCCUGCUGUGCAGAAGUAUAUCCACCCCUGUGAAGUUUGUGGAAGAAUCUUCAAUAGUAUUGGAAACUUGGAGAGGCACAAGAUCAUCCACACUGGGGUGAAGAGCCACAGCUGUGAUAAAUGUAGCAAAUCAUUUGCAAGGAAGGACAUGCUGAAGGAGCACCUGAGAGUCCAUGACGACAUCCGAGACUUCCUGUGUGCAGAAUGUGGGAAAGGCAUGAAGACCAAGCACGCUCUGAGGCACCACAUGAAGCUCCAUAAGGGCAUCAAAGAGUACGAGUGUAAGGAAUGUAACCGCAAGUUUGCCCAGAAGGUCAACAUGCUUAAACACUUGAAAAGACAUACGGGUAUGAAGGACUUCAUGUGUGAGCUGUGCGGAAAGACGUUCAGUGAAAGAACCACUCUGGAGACGCACAAGCUCAUCCAUACAGUGGGGAAGACCUGGACAUGUGCCACCUGCGAUAAGAAGUAUUUGACAGAGUACAUGCUGCAGAAGCACGUGCACCUGACUCAUGAGAAGGUGGAGGCCCAGUCGUGUCAGCUGUGCGGCACCAAGGUGUCCACGCGGGCCUCCAUGAACCGUCACCUGCGACGCAAACACCCCGAGGUGGUGCCUGUGAGAAUUGAUGACUUUGAUGAUCUUCAGGAAUGCCAGACGAUCAACGACUCGUCCAUCAACAUUGUGCAGCUGGAAAAAGACAGUGCGUCUCAGGAAAGACCCAGCCGACCGACCCGCUCGGCCAAGAAGAAGCCUAGAGUUGUGAGCGAGCCGGAACUUUCCGGAUCAGACGACUACACCGAUUUUACAGAGUCCAGACAGGAACCGCUGCCGGAAUACAACACAGUGGUCAUUGGUGAGGAGAUGGAGACCAGCUCUGCGGUGCAGAGUAUCCAGCAGGUGGUGGUCCUUGCUGACCCCAACGCUCCGCCCACUUCUUCUUCCCACAGCUCGGUGAGUCUGAGCAACAUCACGGUCACGCCCAUCAACAGCCCGCCUUCCGCUCAGUUCACCAGUCUGCAGCCUGUAGCGGUCGGCCACCUGACGGCCAACGACCGACCGCUCUCGCUGGACAACUCCAUUCUCACCGUCACCUUCGACGCGGUCAGCGGCUCGGCCUUGCUGCACAACAGGCCCGCCGACCUCGUCCCGGAAGCGGCAGUCACCCCGGGAGGCCCGUCAGCCCAGUCUGUGGCGCACUUCAUCAAUCUCGCCGCUCUUGUCAACCCCAUGAGCCACCAGCUGGAGGCCCCGACGCUGGCCUGGAGGCCCGUGUUGGCGGCAGACAGCGGCCAGGCGUCCCCUGGGGCGGAGGGGGUGCAGGGGGCGAUCCAUGAGACCCAGAGUCACGGACCCGAGGUAGGCCGGCCCGGUCAGAGCCAAACACCCACAACACAGCUGCACAACGGUGCUGCACAGCAGAUGUUCAGCUACUCAUGAGGGGUGGGCGUGCGGGUCGCCUCACACUCUUCAUAUGUAAAUAUGUCAAUUUGAUCAAAGUGUACAUUUAUCUGUUUCACCUGGACAGCCUUUUAUCCCCUUUGUGUAUUUUGUUUAAUAACUUCAUCCUGAAAUUCACCCCAAAGCCUAAUAUCCCACAUUUUUGUUAAUGGUAUACAAACAUACUACUGAAGUACAAUCAAACCUGUCUACAGCGACCACUUAAGGGAAACAACAAAAGAGGCCGCUAUAAUGCACGCAGGUUGCCAUGGCGUUGAACAUUAUGUGAUAAAACACAAAAUAAUUCAUAUUGAAGCAAGCUUACCCUAAAACAAGUUGACAAGUGAUUAACAACCAACCCCUAAAUUCCAAGAUGUGCGUUUACAUUGCAGCUGCGGAGCCGAUGCGUUUCCGCUUCAGUCAACUUCCGUCAGCUGACGCUUCACAGCAAAUAUGAAAAGGCUUAUUUUUUUAUAGAAUGCCGUCACAAUUUCAGACAGAUAAGGUUAGAGCAGGACAGGAAGUACAAAACAAACAAUAAGUUUGAUUGAUUUCCAAAUAAAAAGCUCAGUUUUUAAUAAUAACUGACAAAAAUAGCACAAAAAUCAAUUAAAGGCUACGAAUGUAACGAUAAACUGUAUUAAUGAUAACCGCUGGAAAAACUCUUAAUGGUUAGUGUUACUGUUUUAAAUGAUAGAAAAACCGUGGUUGAUAACCACACUUUGAUUAAUCUUGCGGAGUGACUGGCGACAGGUUGCUAGCUUAAAUGCUAACCUGAAAACAAGAGACAUUAACGUCUUUCCCAAUUAGGAAACAACAUACCCCAAUACAAAAUUAUAUAAACACAUUUUCGUCUGAGCAAUUAAGCUAUUCAAUUGUGUGCAUUGAACCUAAAAGCUGUGCUCUCUUAAGGCAGAGUGAUCAUUCUAUACUCCGAGGAAUAGGACAUGGAGGUGUUUUUGCGGUGCGUUCAAGGACGGCUGAACAGAAUAGGACGCCACAACACCUGUCAGAAAUAAUAAAUAAAUAAUAGUAUAUUUUAUUUGUUAUACACUUAUUUAAAUACAUCUUAAAGCAAUAUUUAAAACUUAAAGCUUAGCCAUUAAAACGGAUAAAAGACUAAGACUAAAACACUACCAGUGAAGCACAAGAAACAUAAAACAUGCAAAAUGAUGGGAUUUCUAAGUGUGUGUCUAUUUUAGUUAUUUAAAAAAAAUAACUUCGCCAAAAGAUUUCAGUGUGUAUAUAUGUGCUUUUUGAGCACAAUAUCACCAUAUUAAGGACAACCGUGAUCAUUUUGGUCAGGGUGAUGAAAUGUUUAUAUCGUUACAUCCCUAUAAAAGAAUAAUCCAAGCGAGUCCACCCCUUUUCUCCUUCUCCAGUUAGAUCUUCUGCCUGUUUGUUGAAUGUAUCCCACAUAACAAGUGUCUUGCGCGCUUGUGCAUUAUUUCACAGCGAGAACUUGUCAGUGACAUCACUCCUGCUGUCUCACAGAGCUGAGUGUUAGCGUGGUGUGGGUGCCAGGGAAAAAUCAAUUCACAUCCUAAUCGCAAUUAUUUUUCAUUACUAUUCUGAAUUGAUUCCAAAUUUUCAAGAAUCUAUUUGUUUUGGGGUUUUUUUACAUGUUUUUCGGCUGGUGUUUCUUAACCAAAGGGCGGCGGCAACACAGCUGGUGAAUAUUGGUGGCGGGGAAAAAAUAAAUCCACGUCUGUAAUGCAUUGUUAGAAAAUAUUACAAACGUAUUUUUUUAAUCAGGUUUAUUUUUUGUUACGAUUCUGAAACGAUGCAAAAUUUUCAAGAACGGAUUUUUAAAAAGAGGGCUUUUAGACAAGGGUUUCUUAACCAUAUGCAACCAGUGAGUUUCAGUGAUAGGGGUAUCGGGAAAAAUGUAUUCACCUCCGAAUCACGAUUCUUUUUCAAUACGAUUCUGAAUUGAGUCAAAAUGUUCAAGAAUCUUUUUUUAAAAAAUGUUUUUAGGCCAGUAUUUUUUAACUGUAAGACUGCUGCCAUGCAGCUGGUGAGUGUUGGUGCUAAAAGUGCUGAAAAAAAUCAAUUCACAUGCGAUUAUUUUUUUAUUACAAUUCUGAAUCAAUUCAAAAUGGUCAUAAAUUGAUGGGGAAAAAAUAGGCUUUUGAUUCUUAACCAUAAGGCUAUGCAGCCGGUGAGUUUUGGCGAUAUGGGUGCUGGAAAAAAUGUAUUCACAUCCAAAUCAUGAUUGUUUUUGUUAUGAUUCCGAAACGUUUUAAAAAUUUCAAGGAUCAAUUUUGUAUGAAUACAUAUUUUUUAAAUUAGGCCUUUUUUUCUUUUUUUUUUUUUCUUUUUUUUUGUUUGUUUUGUUUCUUAAUUGUAGUGAUGUGGCUAAACAGUCAGUAAGUGUUGGUGAUAAGGAGUGCCGUUUUUUUUUCUUAAAACACUUGCUUUAAUAUUGUUUGACAAGGUUUAAACUUGUUAAAGUGUAUGUAGGUUAGAUAUCAUUAUUGAGUAACUUUAAAAAUAAGAGUAAGAUUACAAUUUCAUCCUUAAUAUUUGAGUUGGCCCCUCUUUUCUAUACUGGAAACAUCGGGCCCCGAGAUAAAAAAAAAAAGAUUUAGAACACCUGUUUUAGGCCAUCCCUGCACUUACUUGUUGUGUGUAUAUCCAUACAUAAGCAGCCAAGAUGGGAGAUUUUUAAACUAUUUAAAAAAAUAAAAAAAGUUUU